CUUUCCUUCCUAGCGAUCACUCAGCUGCGUGCUGGAGUGCCUGCAACUGGCACGUAUGCCACUCUACAUGUGAACUAGUUUAAAGUAACUACCGGUGUAGUUAUCAAGAGACUAUAGAAGGAACAGAGCUGUUUUAAAGAAAGACUGACGAAUUGCGGAUUAGAGACUGAGAGAGAGCGUGGCCGGGGGGGUGGAGGGCUCUCUUUCCUGUCCAGAUAAACCGCGGUUCACGCAGAAUAUGGCGGAGCAACAUAUAGUUAGCGACAGCAAGCUCAAAGCUUCCUCGAAUACCGGGGGCUCGCUCUCUGGAAACAGCCGGUCGAGCUCCGCGAGUGGAGGAGGCGGAGGUGGAGGCCUUUCUGGUGGACUGACGCAGCCGGCAGGGUGGCAGUCCCUGCUGUCUUUCACAAUACUCUUUCUGGCCUGGCUGGCAGGGUUUAGUUCGAGACUCUUCGCAGUUAUUCGUUUCGAGAGCAUCAUCCACGAGUUUGACCCUUGGUUCAACUACAGAUCAACACAUCACCUCACUACCAAUGGCUUUUACGAGUUCCUCAACUGGUUUGAUGAGAGGGCAUGGUACCCCCUGGGCAGGAUUGUGGGGGGGACUGUGUACCCCGGGCUGAUGGUCACAGCGGGGCUGAUCCACUAUGUGCUGAACCUGCUGCACGUGACCGUGCACAUCCGGGAUGUGUGCGUCUUCCUGGCGCCUGUGUUCAGCGGCCUGACCUCCAUCUCCACCUUUCUGCUGACGAAGGAGCUCUGGAACCAGGGGGCGGGGCUCCUGGCCGCCUGUUUCAUUGCCAUCGUCCCCGGUUACAUCUCCCGCUCCGUCGCCGGCUCAUUUGACAACGAGGGCAUCGCUAUAUUCGCUCUCCAGUUCACAUACUACCUGUGGGUGAAGGCCGUGAAGACCGGCUCGGUCUUCUGGACGAUCGGCUGCUGCCUGUCUUACUUCUACAUGGUGUCAGCAUGGGGAGGCUACGUCUUCAUCAUCAACCUCAUCCCCCUCCACGUCUUUGUGCUUCUGCUCAUGCAGCGCUACAGCAGGAGAGUCUACAUCGCCUACAGCACUUUCUACAUCGUGGGCCUGGUACUCUCCAUGCAGAUCCCUUUUGUGGGCUUCCAGCCAAUCAGAACCAGCGAACACAUGGCAGCGGCAGGUGUGUUUGCCCUGCUCCAGGCCUAUGCUUUCCUGCAGUACCUGAAGGACCGGCUCACCAGGCAGGAGUUUCAGACCCUCUUCUUCCUUGGAGUGUCGCUGGCUGCUGGCGUAGUCUUCCUCACCGUCAUAUACCUGACUUACACAGGUUACAUCGCCCCCUGGAGUGGCCGGUUCUACUCGCUGUGGGACACUGGAUACGCCAAGAUCCACAUUCCCAUCAUUGCCUCGGUGUCGGAGCACCAGCCCACCACCUGGGUCUCUUUUUUCUUUGACCUCCACAUCCUCGUCUGCACCUUCCCAGCAGGCCUCUGGUUCUGCAUCAAGAACGUCAACGACGAGCGCGUUUUCGUGGCGCUGUACGCCAUCAGCGCGGUCUACUUCGCGGGCGUGAUGGUGCGGCUCAUGCUGACGCUGACGCCCGUCGUGUGCAUGCUGUCGGCCAUCGCCUUCUCCAACGUCUUCCAGCACUACCUGGGCGACGACCAGAAGAGGGAGAACCCGCCUGCUGAGGACAGCAGCGACGAGGACGACAAGAGGAACUCUGGAAACCUCUACGAUAAGGCGGGGAAGGUUCGGAAGCACGUUUCUGAGCAGGAGAAGACCGAGGAGGGUCUGGGGCCCAACAUUAAGAGCAUCGUCACCAUGCUGAUGCUCAUGCUGCUCAUGAUGUUCGCUGUGCACUGCACCUGGGUCACCAGCAACGCCUACUCCAGCCCCAGCGUGGUGCUGGCCUCCUACAACCACGAUGGAACACGCAACAUCCUUGAUGACUUCCGUGAGGCGUACUACUGGCUCCGGCAGAACACAGGCGAGCACGCGCGUGUCAUGUCCUGGUGGGACUACGGCUAUCAGAUUGCCGGCAUGGCCAACAGGACAACGCUGGUGGACAACAACACCUGGAACAACAGCCACAUCGCACUGGUGGGUAAGGCCAUGUCGUCCAAUGAGAGCGCAGCCUAUGAGAUCAUGAAGAGCCUGGACGUGGACUAUGUGCUUAUCAUCUUCGGGGGGGUGAUUGGUUACUCCGGCGACGACAUUAACAAGUUCCUGUGGAUGGUGCGGAUAGCAGAGGGGGAGCACCCCAAGGACAUCCGAGAAAGCGACUACUUCACUCCACAGGGAGAGUUUAGAGUGGACAAGGCUGGCUCCCCGACUCUGCUCAACUGCCUCAUGUAUAAGAUGUCCUACUACCGCUUUGGUGAAAUGCAGCUGGACUUCCGGACGCCGCCCGGAUUCGAUCGGACCCGAAACGCGGAGAUCGGGAACAAGGACAUCCAUUUCCGGCACCUGGAAGAGGCCUUCACCUCAGAGCACUGGCUGGUGCGCAUCUACAAGGUGAAGAAGCUGGAGAACCGCCUGGCCCUGGACCACAAACCCCGCGUCUCCAACAUCGUCCCCAAACACAAGUACACCUCCAAAAAGACUGCGAAGAGGAAGCGUGGAUAUAUUAAGAAUAAACUGGUCCUAAAGAAAGGAAAGAAGCUCAACAAGAAGUCCGUUUAAUUGUUAACAAAGACGGGGGAAGUUGAAAUGCAAAAAAAAUAAAAAAAACUGAGGGGGAGGGGGAACGGAAAGGGAAAUGCAACGAGAAAAAUUUGAAGAAUAAAUCAAACACCAAUUAAGAACAAACCGCCUACAUUUAGAUUGUCAGGAAAGCCCCCUGAUGGUCUUUGCCUUGGUCAUGUGACCUGUGGUCUUUUGACGGCCCCAGUAAGGACGGGGCAGCCGUGUCCUGUUCUGCUCCUCAGCCAGCUCCCCGUGUGGGGUGGGUGGGGGAGCUCUCUAGGUUUUAAGGCCUUUGUCUUGCUCUUUACUGUUUUUGUACUUGAAUGUUGGCAAGGCAAGAACACUGCUCCACCGAGAGCUGGCAGCAGGUAUUUUUGUGGUACAUAUAUUAUCAUCCCGUAACAACUCGGCACUGAGGGGGAAAUGUGAUGAUGUGGUGAGCCAGGGAGUCAUGACACCAAAGAAGCCCUCUGCUCCAGGUCUGUGAUACAUGAUGACUUGUUACCUUUAAAAGAAAAAAAAAAAAAAGAAUGGGGAAGGGGGUGGGUUGGGGGGGCAGUGAAAUGAAUGGGAGGGUCUCUGCUCAAAGGGGCUUAUUGCUCCUGAAGUUUGUACAGACUAUAUGGAGGAUGACUUCCAAACACGCAGAACUGUUCUGUAUUCCUGGGUUAUUUUAGACUGGUUUGUAUUCACAACAAACAUAUUGUUUCAAAACUUUAAAAAAAAUCCAAUGUGUAAAUAUGAUAUGUAAAGGAAUUGCCUAAAAGGAUUCUUUAAUAUAUCUUGGAUUAUUGUGGUGA